AUGCCACAAAACCUGGAUCAGGAAACCCGGAAUAGCAUCUUCUGGGUCAGCGUAAUCAUUGAUUCAUCCCUGGUGGUCGCUAAUCUUGUCAUCAUAACUCGAAAAAUCCCCAAGGCACAACGCAAGGAUGUAUCCUUGUUACUGUGGGGUUGUCUCAAGACAUUGGUAAUCAUGGGAAUACUAUCCCACGUGUGCACCGAAGCGCUGAUUCAGUUUGGAACGAAUGCUACGCCAGCAGGAGUGGACGAGGACCACUAUCAUGUCAAUACGAGCGACCUUUCAUCCUCCAUCAACUUUUGCGAGAAUGAUUUUGUGCACUCACGGCAUGUCGCCGAACCAUCCAAUUCGAUUUCAUCCUUGACAACCUAUUGUCCAUUGGCACUCUUGGGACUACAUUUGAGACCCCAUUCACUAUUACUGAAACCAGAUGUGGGGAAGUUACGAUUCACAUUGGCUUAUCUUUCACUCUUCGCAAUCGGAUUGGGAAGCUUUUGGCUGCACUCUCAGUUGACGGCGGUAUCUCAAGGGGGUGACGAACUACCCAUUCUUUGGUAUCUCGGUAUUGCGACCUUCAUAGUGGUGGAUUGCUUAUUGGACAUUCGAGCAACACCAGGAGCCAAGAAACAUCGCACCAGUCUCUGGCUGGUUGGAUUCAGCACCAUUUCAUCGGCGGUUGCCACAUUGACUUACAUUUUCAAUCGCGAAGAUUUUUUCUUUUUUCAUAUGAUAUUCACGACUUACCUCAUUCUGAUCUUGUUGGGAGAAGGAAUUCUUACUUUUUCAGACUUUUCAAAAUAUGGAGACUCGGGUUCCUUUCGAGAAAAAGUGUUACUCCCAUUGGUCAGUUGCAACAUUUGGGUCUAUCUUUCGGCAUCGUUUCUCUGGGUUUCCGAAAUGUUGUUUUGUCAUGAUGCUACUACGGACUUUCGGUGGGGUGCAACUUUGGCUCCAUGGAUCUUUGAUCGAGCCAUUCAUGCUGGAUGGCAUUGUACAAGUGCCUUGUUAGUAUUUAUGACCAUCCAGAUUCUCUUGUCAGUUUGGGGAUUUCAACAAGGCUGGGGCGAACCUCAAUUGCGAUGGUUUGGAGCACCGUACGUGUACUUUGAGAAGAAGACUAGACAAGCUUAG